UGUGUGAGCGCUGUCUGGAGGUUAGUAUGUGUAAGUGUGUGGGUGGAAAGUAGGUGUUUGAGAGCUGAGGGUGUUCUUUCCCUUUUCAAACCAACCUCUGUUCCUCGGACUGGUUGCACACUGACAUCACUGGAGUUUCCCUAUCUUUAGCAUAUAUAUCACAUACAAACUCUAUGGCGAGCAGACAACUUCAUUUGAAAAGCUCACUCCAAAAGGAACACAUCUCAGAGAACUAACAGCAUGGUGAAAUACGAAACGACAGUAGCAGAUCUGGAAGCCGGCGCAGGGGGAGUUUAUCAGACAACAGUGGCACCCGUGCUGGUGAAGUCCUCCAGAAGCUGGAUAUGGAAGACUUUUGCUGCAAUCACUUUUCUCGCCCUCUGUGCUGUGGCGGCUGUUUUCUUCGCCUGGCAUAUGACGAAACCGAACCAAAAAGAUCUUCGCACCUUUUUUGCGGAGAAGCAAAUCAGCACACCAUCAGAGCAAGGAAGAAUGCUGAAGCAGAUCGCUGAGAGAACAAAAGCAGCCAUUCAUUUACAUGGUGAGCAUGUCAGCGGCUCAGAAUCUGAGUCUCUGAAGUGGGUCAGCGGUGUGGAUCAGUCGUUUGAACAGGGCGGCCUCAAGCUGAACAACAACGUGAUUCACAUUCCCGCCGACGGCCUUUACUUUGUAUACAGCCAAGUGUCCUAUGCCGUAAAGUGCAAUUUGGACGAAGACGAUGCAGCUCGGAACUUCCUGAGCCACAGCAUCUGGCGUUAUACGGAUGCGGUGGAAGAUUGGAAGCCUCUGCAGAAUUCGGCCCACUCCGUUUGCCAAUCACAAGAGGACGGGAAGACCACGUACAGCACCAUCUACCUGGGCGCUGUCUUUAAGCUCAUGGAGGGCGACAAGCUGUCGACCAAAACCAGCCGCAUGGCCGACAUCGAAGAAGAUUAUGCCAAAACGUUCUUUGGAGUGUUUGCCUUGUAAUUUGUUAGCCUCCUUAGUUGCAUGGCUCAGUAUAACAAUAAGUGUUUUACGUUAAAACUUCCAAAGUAUGUUCUCAGGGCAUUUGUUUUAAAGUAGUUUGAUUAAUGCGGAGUCCUUAUUGCAUUGUAACAUAAUGUUUUGGUUCUAAAACACAUCAGAUGCAGUGAGAGCCGUGCGCUGGAUACUAUGUACUCAGUCAUGAGCACUAUACCAAGGGCACUACAACUCGUAUACUUAUUUUAAGCUAAUAAUAUGUUUAUCUUACAUGUUUCGUUGUAGAAAUAGUAAGGAAUUUAGUAUGUUUAAAGGAACAAUGGUAUUUGUUAUCUAUUUAUAACUUUUGAGCGUAUUUAAUAUAUUUUAUUUUGUAUGUCCUAUUUAACUAUUUAUUGAAUGCUAUACUGUAUGAAAACGAAUGUACUGAAUUGUUUUUGACACUCAUCCUGUGAUUCUGACAUUUUAAUGCUGAAUAAAUGUUAAG